AUGGAGGAAAUUAGAAAGACUCUAGAGGAGAUUAAAACCAACAGGACUUUUCACUUGUGUGAAAAAGUUGAAGAAGCACCUCUCUCCCCUAUUCUCAGAAUGAGGGAGACUCACUCAUUUGUUAGGAAUGACGAGGUCAUUGGGAGGGACGAUGAUGAAAAGGCGAUUCUAAAACUUUUGUUGGAUGACACUGAAACCAUAGAGAAUGUUUCCCUCAUUGCCUUAGUGGGAAUUGGAGGCUUAGGAAAAACAACACUAGCUCAAUUCGUAUUUAAUGAUGAGGAGGUCCAAAAAUAUUUUGAUCUAAAAAUUUGGGUGUACGUUUCUAGGGAAUUCGAUGUGAAAUUGAUUGUUAGAAAAGUUAUUAAGUCGAUAACUGGUGAAAGCCUAGAGGAAAAUCCUGACAUGGAUAAAUUGCAAAAAAGAGUUCGAGAAGAAAUAAAAGGAAAGAGAUUCAUGCUUGUUUUGGAUGAUGUAUGGAAUGAAGAUGCCGAAAAAUGGCAUAAGUUAGAUAUAUUACUGAAAGGGGGUGCAAGUGGUAGUAGAGUUUUAAUAACUACUCGAAGUGAAAUGGUAGCUAAGAUAACAGGUGCAAGUCGAUUCCAUAAGUUGAGCGGUUUAGACACAGAGAAUUCUCUGACUUUAUUUCAAAAAACGGCCUUUUUAAAAGGAAAAGAGCCCAUGGUGAACUUAGAGGUUGCUAAAAUAGGAGAGGACAUUGUAGAUAAGUGCAAGGGAGUUCCUCUAGCCAUAAAGACAAUAGGAGGGUUAUUGUUUAAAAGAUUAGUGUGCUCUAAUGAUCCAAGAAAAGUGUUGAUGGGUUUUAAGCAGAAUGAACUUUCAAAAAUAGCUAAUCAGAAUGAAAGCGAUAGUGGCAUCUUACCUACCCUAAAGCUAAGCUAUAACAAUCUCCCCUCACAUUUAAAACGUUGUUUUGUGUACUGUGGAUUAUUUCCGAAAGGUUUUGACAUCCAAGUGCAGACAUUGAUAAAUCAAUGGAUAGCGCACGAGUUUGUUAAACCCCAAGACAACAAUUACAGAUCAUGUCUCGAAGAUCUCGGUUAUAAUUAUUUCAUGGAGUUACUUAUGGGCUCCUUUUUCCAAGAGCCAAAAGAAGAUAUACUAGGUACUAUACAUUCUUGUAAAAUACAUGACCUCAUGCAUGAUCUUGCAAUUUCAAUUGCAGGAAAGGGAAUCAUCACUUUAGAUGAAAGUUCAUGUAAUUAUGUAGAGAUGGAUAGUUCCAAGUUAGAUGGACAUGGGGAAAGUUCUUUUGGCAGAGCUCUUCAUAUGUUUGUUGAUUUUAACUCCCUUGGAUCAUGCCAAAUUCCACCAGCCUUGUUGGAUCAAAAAGAGAUGCGCACAUUUAUUUCACCCAACUCUGAGCCAUUACGGUCCUCAGAUUGUGAUGCUUUUUUGUUAAACUUUAAGUCUCUACGCACAUUUAUGUUAUGUUCGGUGUAUGAUAAGAAAAUGCCAAAGGGACUGGGUGACUUAAAACACUUGAGAUAUCUUGAUCUUUCAGGAUAUUGUAACAUUACGACGCUCCCAAAUUCCAUAACGAGAUUGUAUAAUUUACAAACAUUGAUACUCCUGGGAUGUAGUAACCUUAAAAGUUUACCUCAAGGUCUACAAAACUUAAUCAAGUUGAGGCAUCUUAAGAUUGAGGGAUCGUAUCUUUUAGAUCAUAUGCCUCGUGGGAUUGGUGAGUUGACUUCGCUUCACACAUUAGAUUUGUUUUUAGUGGGCGGCAACAACAAAGUCGUGUCCAAACAAAGUGGCGGGCUCGGUGAAUUGUGCAAGCUUAACAACUUGCAUGGCCAUUUAACCAUUAAAUUUUUGGGAGAUAAUGAAAGCGUUGCAUCUGAUUCAGUAGCCGCAUGUUUGAAAGACAAAGAACAUCUUGAAUCCUUAAGGUUGAGAUGGUCGAGAUCUCCUGAUAAUGUAGAUGCUAUCAAUAAUGCUGAAAUGGUAUUAGAUGGCUCACAACCACCUAAAAAUCUAAAAGUUUUGGAAGUGUACGAGUACCCAGGAGAGAGAUUUUCCAAUUGGCUGUCUUUUCUCACUAAUCUUGUCCGAUUGGACAUAUCUUUUUGUGGAAGAUGCCAAUAUCUACCUCCAUUGCACCGUUUAUCCUCACUUCAACAACUUAGACUGGUCAAUUUGCGGGCUCUAAAGUACGUGUCAAAUGUGGAGUGGAACAUGAAGAGUUAUAAUCACUUAUCCACCUCAUCCAAGUCUUCAACAAUAUCGUUCUUCCCAUCCUUAAGAACACUGCACAUUAAAGGGUGCUACAACCUGAGAGGAUGGUGGCCUAACCAAAUAUGGGAAUCAAAUGAAGUGGUAGGAGCAAUAGCAGAACAUCAACAUCAAAAACCUUCAUUCGUUAAUCUUUCCCGUCUUGAAAUAUCUGGUUGCCCCAAUCUGAAAUUUAUGCCACCAUUUCCAAGUGUUGAGAACCUAGAACUGUAUCGUACAAGCUCAAUGAUAUUACAAAAUACUAUUAUGUUGGAGAAUGUGGCAGCAACAUCAGAGUGUUCUACCUCCCCUCCUCUCUCCAAAUUAAAGCAUUUGAGUGUCGCUUGUGUUCAUGAUUUAGAAAGUUUUCCAGAGGCAAUGGACAAUCUAUUAUGUCUUCAGUAUCUGGAAUUCAAUAAUUGUUCUAAGUUGGCAUCAAUUACCGAGGGGAUAGGGAAACUAGUAUCUCUUCAGUCGCUUGGAAUUAUUUUCUGUCGUAGUUUGGCAUCACUAUCGGAAGGGAUAUGCAACCUCACAUCACUUGAGCAUCUCAAAAUUAUCAACUGUCCUAGUUUGACAUCACUUCCAGAGGGGAUAGGCAACCUUAAAUCUCUACAAUCACUUAAAAUCAAGGAUUGUACUAAUUUGACCUCACGGUUAGAAGGGAUAGAUAGCCUCACAUCACUUGGAGAUCUUACGAUUGCAAAAUGUACUAGUCUGACGUCUCUUUUGGAAGGGAUAGGCAGCCUCUCAUUACUUAGAGUUCUUUCAAUCGAUGAAUGCAGUAGUUUGACCUCACUUCCACAAGAGAUAGGCAGCCUUUCAUCACUUACAAAUCUUAAAAUCGAAAGAUGUGUGAAUUUGAUCUUGCUUCCAGAAGGGAUAAACAACCUCUCAUCACUUAGGGAACUUAAAAUUGAAGGAUGUACCAGUUUGACCUCACUUUCAGAAGGGACAAGUGGCCUCUCAUCACUUAAGUAUCUUAUACUUAAAGGUUGUACGAGUUUGACCUCAAUCCAAGAAAGGAUUGGCUGCCUCCCAUCACUUGAAGAUCUUACAAUUGUGAGAUGUACUAGUUUGACGUCACUUCCAGAAGGGAUAAGUAGCCUCUCAUUACUUCGAGCUCUUACAAUUCAAGAAUGUACUAGUUUAACCUCACUUCCAGAAGGGAUAGGCAAUCUCUCAUCACUUAGAUAUCUUAAAAUAGAACGAUGUACCAGUUUGACAUCAAUUCCGCACGGGAUAUGCAACCUCCCAUCUAUCAAGUUGGUAAAUGGUCAACGUUAUGAUGAUAUGCCUUUAGAUGGAUUAGUUGACUACCUCCUAGAUGCACAAAAGCGUUGUAGGAUUUUUCCCCACCGCUUAUAUGAACGAAGGAGAUAA